AUGGAGCUGCCCAAAAUCACGGCUGGCGAAAAGGUUGAGGAAAUCGGCACACUCCCACGCUUCCCAGGAUGGUGCAGACCUCCGACAGAUGGAGAAGCCCCGCUCGAUCCAGAGCAGGGACGGAAGGUUGCCGACAUCGUCUUCGAAAUCGUAGGAGUAGGAGUAGGAGUAGGCACAAUAGACACAGGUGCCCCCAGCGACGAAGCACAGCCCUUAAUGAUUUAUGGAGAGAGUGCAGUGGUGGUGGAGAAGCGGCAGGGAGUCGAGGUGGUGAUGGUGGGGGGUGCAGGGAUAGACAGCAGGAUUCGUCCUCAACUGGCCCGGGAGAAGAUUGAGGGAUGUCACAUCUGUACGUUUGUGACCCCGGGGGAGCCCCAGGUGAUGCUGGGUAAAGACAAGGCGUUUACAUACGACUAUGUGUUCGACAUGGACUCCUGUCAGGACAGCAUCUAUGCUGACUGCACUGAGAAACUGAUCGAGGGCUGCUUCGAAGGAUACAACGCCACCAUCUUUGCCUACGGCCAGACGGGGUCAGGUAAGACAUACACCAUGGGUACAGGGUUUGAUGUGAACAUCGGGGAGGAGGAGCUGGGCAUUAUUCCCCGGGCAGUCACCCACCUUUUCAGGGGCAUCGAGCAGCGCCAGCAGGCUGCUAAAGAGCAGGGACGUCCCGUGCCCGAGUUCAAGAUCAACGCACAGUUCCUGGAGCUUUACAAUGAGGAGGUGCUGGAUCUGUUUGACUCUACGAGGGACCUGGAGGCUCGGACGCAGAAAUCCCACGUUAAGAUCCACGAGGACGCCAAUGGAGGAAUCUACACAGUGGGGGUGACCACACGGACCGUCGCCUCCGAGGCAGAGAUGAUGCAGUGUCUGAAGCUGGGUGCUCUGUGUCGUACCACGGCCAGCACCCAGAUGAAUGUCCAGAGCUCCCGCUCUCACGCCAUCUUCACCAUUCACCUGUGCCAAGUCAGAGUCUGUGCGUCCGACAAUGACAACAACGAGACGGACAACAAGGUUGCUAACGGCAACUCAGAGAUGGAAGAGUAUGAGACACUGACAGCCAAGUUUCACUUUGUGGACCUAGCCGGGUCAGAGAGACUGAAGAGAACAGGGGCGACCGGAGACCGAGCUAAGGAGGGAAUCUCCAUCAACUGUGGACUGCUUGCUCUUGGAAAUGUAAUCAGUGCUUUGGGAGACCGAAGCAAGCGAUCCACGCAUGUGCCUUACAGAGACUCCAAACUCACCCGGCUUCUACAGGACUCCCUGGGUGGAAAUAGCCAAACCAUGAUGAUAGCGUGCAUUAGCCCGUCUGACCGGGACUUUAUGGAGACCCUGAAUGCACUGAAGUAUGCCAACAGAGCCAGGAACAUUAAGAACAAGGUGAUGGUGAACCAGGACAAGGCCUCCCAACAGAUCUCUGCUCUCAGGACAGAGAUCGCCAGGCUACAGAUGGAACUCAUGGAGUACAGGACGGGUAAGCGUAUGGUGGGUGAGGACGGUAUGGAUAGCAUCAACGACAUGUUCCAUGAGAACAGCAUGCUGCAGACAGAGAACAGCAACCUGAGGAUCAGGGUCAAAGCCAUGCAGGAGACCAUUGACGCACAGAGGGCCAGACUCACACAGUACCUCAGUGACCAGGCCAACCAGGUCCUCGCCAGGGCAGGUGAGGGGAGUGAAGAGAUUGGGAACAUGAUCCAGAGCUACAUCAAAGAGAUUGAGGAUCUCAGAGCCAAACUCCUGGAGAGCGAGUCUAUGAAUGAGAACCUUCGUAAGAACCUGUCCCGUGCCUCCUCACGCCAGUCCUUUUACCCCGGAACCUUCUCCCCUGCCCUCCUGGCCCCCGAGAAGGAGGCCUCCGACAUCAUCGAGAUGGCAAAGAAAGACCUGGAGAAACUCAAGAAGAAGGAGAGGAAGAAGAAGAAGAGGCUCCAGCAGCUGCUGGAAGAGAGAGAGAGGUGGGAGGAGUUAGUAGAGGAGGAAAAUGGCAGUGUUGUCAAGGAGGAAGUCCCCGACAACGACCAAGACAAUGGGACAGAAAAAGAGCUGACUGAGCUGUCCAAUGAGGACCCUGAGACGGAGGGGCAGGAGGGGAGUGACCACGAGGAAGAGGACAAUGAGGAAGAGGAGGAGAUGGAUGUGGAGGAGAGCUCUGAUGAUUCAGACUCGGAAUCAGAUGAGAAAGAGAACUUCCAGGCGGACCUGGCCAACAUUACAUGUGAGAUUGCCAUCAAGCAGAAGCUGAUAGACGAGCUGGAGAACAGCCAGAGGCGUCUGCACACGCUCAAACAGCAGUACGAACAGAAACUGAUGAUGCUGCAGAGCAAGAUCAGAGACACACAGCUGGAGAGGGACAAGGUGCUGCAGAACAUGGGCUCGGUGGAGACGUGCAACGACGAUAAGGCUAAGAAGAUCAAGCAGGGGUAUGAGAAGAAGCUAAGUCUCAUGAAUAAGGAACUACAGAAGCUACAGUCAGCCCAGAAGGAACACACACGCCUCCUCAAGAACCAAUCAAAGUACGAGACACAGCUCAAGAAGCUCCAACUGGACGUCACAGAGAUGAAGAAGACAAAGGUUCGUCUGAUGAAGCAGAUGAAGGAGCAGCAGGAGAAGAACAGAAUGACAGAGUCCAGGAGGAACAGAGAGAUCGCCAGCCUCAAGAAGGACCAGCGCAAACAGGAGCACCAGAUGAAGCUACUGGAGGCCCAGAAGAGACAGCAGGAGCUCAUACUGCGCAGGAAGACUGAGGAGGUAACUGCACUGAGGAGGCAGGCCAGACCUAUGUCUGGUAAGGUGACCAGCAGGAAGGUGAGUUUACCAGAGGCCCUCCAGGACUCCUCCCACCGAGCCCCCUCAGGACGCCUGCAAUCCUCUGGAUCCACCGCACCCAACGGAACCAGGUCCUACUACAGACGGUCAACGGGCAUAUAUUCUACCAGAGUGGCCAAAGUGAAGUGGCAGUCUCUGGAGCGCCGUAUCUCUGAUGUCAUCAUGCAGAGGAUGACCAUAUCUAACAUGGAGGCCGAUAUGAACCGCCUGCUAAAGCAACGUGAGGAGCUGACCAAGAGGAGGGAGAAGGUGACCAGAAAGAGGGACAGGCUGGCGGGGGAGGGGUCUGAGGAAGAGAAGGUGGUGUUUCCCCUUAACGAGGAAGUGGACACCCUGAUGGCCAACAUCGAUUACGUCAACGACAGCAUCGCAGACUGCCAGGCCAACAUUAUGCAGAUGGAGGAGGCCAAGGAGGAGGUUGACACGGUGGAUGUUUCCGCAGUGAUCAGCUCCUGUACUCUAACAGAAGCCCGUUUCCUGAUAGACCACUUUAUUUCUAUGGCCAUCAACAAGGGUCUGCAGGCAGCCCAGAAGGAGUCCCAGGUGAAGGUGAUGGAGGGCAGGCUGAAGCAGACGGAGAUCACCAGCGCCACUCAGAACCAGCUGCUGUUCCACAUGCUGAAAGAGAAGGCAGAGUUUAACCCCGAACUGGAUGCCCUGCUGGGGAAUGCUCUACAAGAGCUAGGUAACAUGCCAGUGGAGAAUGGGGAUGACAGCAGCAGUGACGAAUUCGCCCAGAGUCCUGCAACAGACGGACACUCUCUGACAUCAGAUCUAAUGAAACUCUGUGGAGAGGCCAAAACAAGGAGCAAGGCUCGUAGGAGAACCACCACUCAGAUGGAGCUGCUCUACGCCAAAAGUGACUCCGUCCCUGACACGCGUUCUGGCGAUUCCUCCUCCCCCUGCCUACCAUUGGUUGAAACUCCAGAAGAGGGCAGAGAUCCUGAGACCCCCGUUGGCCUGUCAGUCAGGGACAGGGACUAUAUGGCUCAUUCUCCUGGCUUGUCCUCUAAGAUGGGCAGCAUAACUGCCUCCUCCUCAGGGGCGGAAAAAAGAGUUCCAGAGCCCUCGCCACUCUCUCGCAGGAAGACCUAUGACAAGACACAAUUGGCGGCUAAGGUCAAGGAGAUCAAACACUGUGAUACGAGGAACUCCGACACCAACCCCUCCUCCCCCUCUAACCGCCCACGUAGCCAAGGCAACGUAUUUGUCCGCCUGACAGGGUGUUUGGAUAGAGCAGACAGACCGCAGGAUAAGUAAGAGGAAAAGGACAGCUCUAUUGAAAAUCUCUGUCAAGGGGUGAUCAACCCAGUGCCUUCCUCAAAGGGCAGUCGGUCAGCAACACUGCAGUGUGUCCACGUGGCUGAGGGUCACACUAAAGCCGUGCUGUGUGUUGACUCUACCGAUGACCUCCUCUUCACCGGCUCCAAAGACCGUACUUGUAAGGUGUGGAACCUAGUGACAGGUCAGGAGAUCAUGUCCCUGGCAGGUCACCCCAACAAUGUGGUGUCAGUCCGCUACAGCUCCAGCCUGGUCUUCACCGUCUCCACCUCCUACAUCAAGGUCUGGGAUAUCCGAGACUCAGCCAAGUGCAUUCGCACCCUCACGUCUUCUGGUCAGGUGACCCCGGGCGACGCCUGUGCGUCCAGCACCAACCGGACUGUCACCAUCCCGGCAGGAGAGAACCAGAUCAACCAGAUCGCCCUCAACCCCAGUGGCUCUGUCCUGUACGCCGCCGCCGGCAACUCUGUCAGAGUCUGGGACCUAAGAAGAUUUGUAUCCACAGGGAAGCUGACUGGUCACCUGGGUCCAGUCAUGUGUCUGACUGUGGACCAGAGUGGGAACGGUCAGGAUCUGGUCAUCAGCGGAUCCAAGGACCAUUACAUCAAGCUGUUUGACGUGACAGAGGGGGCCCUGGGUGCUAUCAGCCCCACACACAACUUUGAGCCUCCCCACUACGAUGGCAUCGAGUCCUUGGUGGUGCAGGGGGAUGUCCUCUUCAGCGGCUCCAGGGACAACGGCAUUAAGAAGUGGGACCUAGGCCGCAAAGACUUACUGCAGCAAGUGCCCAACGCCCAUCGUGAUUGGGUGUGUGCCCUGGGUGUGGUGCCUGGCUCUCCGGCCCUGCUGAGCGGCUGUAGAGGAGGGGUGCUAAAGCUGUGGCACGCAGACACACUGGGGGCCCUUGGGGAACUCAAGGGCCACGAGAGCCCCAUCAACGGCAUCUCCACCAAUAGCAGCCACCUCUUCACAGCAUCUGAUGAUCGAACAGUGAAGAUCUGGCGUGCCCGGGGCGGACUCGACAGCACCUUAGACACGACGGCGGACACAGCUGAUGAGGUGGCCAGUAACUGA